UUGCUGGCUCUGACAGUUUCGUUGGCGAUGUACUGGAGUUAUCCAUUCUAGCUCUAACGCUUCAGAUUCAGCCGAGUCAUUCUCUUCGGAAAGAACCUUUGGUUUCUGUGAUGUUGUGACUAGUUUUAGUGACGACAUUUGCAGAUCACUGUGUGUUCCUUUGCCACCCUCACAGCGAGUGAGUUACUUAUUGUUAGAUGCAAGCAUCUCAGGGACCUCGAAGGAUGGGCAGUGCACAUGAAUUGUACCAUCAGCCGAUGCAGCAAGUUCAGCAAUACUACACCCCUUGCCGUGCUUUUGACAACAGCAUUUAUAACGAUAGUAGCAGCUCGGGGACACAGAUUUCUUUAAAGACACAGAAUGAACAGUUCUUCAUUAUGGAUUCAUUUCCGGUUACUGACUGUGCCAUCUACGAUGCAGCUCCUUCCGUAAGCGUCUCUUCCAACAGGAGCCCUUUCUCUCCUCAAUGCUCUCCGUCUUGCAUGUCUGAGCCACGUCGUUCCUUUGAGAACGCGUGUAUUUCAUCUGCAAGUGGAUGUUCAGGAGCUGAUGAUGGCAGCGGAAAGAAGCACGUGCUGAGGGAGCUGAAUAAUAAGUUGCUAAGGCCUGAAUAUGAUAUAGAUGACAGCUGCAGUUGCUCCUUCGAUGAUGCAGUCGCAAAAUCUUCUUCCUUGACAUGGCGGAAUCAAGUAUUGGAUGUAGCCUCAAGAUUGGACUUAAAUGAUCUGCUCAUUUCCUCUGCUGAAGCAGUAGCAGAAGCUGAUGUCACGACUGCAGAAAUUCUGCUGAGUGUCUUGGAGAAAAGGGUAUCGAUUUCCGGGGAACCUAUGCAACGUCUGAGUGCGUAUAUGUUGGAAGGGCUAAGAGCACGAUUAUUAUCAUCAGGUAGUAUCAUAUACAAAAAACUGAAGUGCAACGAACCAACUAGCUCAGAAUUGUUGUCCUACAUGGACGUCCUCUAUCACAUCUGCCCUUACUUCAAGUUCGCUUAUAUGUCCGCCAAUGUUGUCAUAGGCGAAGCCAUGAAGAACGAGAGUAGAAUCCACGUCAUCGAUUUUCAAAUUGCACAGGGAAAUCAAUGGGUGUUCUUCAUCCACUAUCUGGCUCGUCGUCCUGGUGGUCCUCCAUUUCUCCGCAUCACAGGCGUUGAUGAUUCCCAGUCAGCUCAUGCACGUGGUGGAGGACUUCAGCUAGUUGGUGAAAGGUUAGCAACCAUUGCCGAGUCCUGUGGAGUGCUUUUCGAAUUCCAUAAUGCUGCACUGUCAGGCUGUCAGGUCAAACUAGAGGACCUACAAGUUAGACACGGAGAAAGCCUGGCGGUUAACUUCCCUUUCAUGUUGCACCACAUGCCCGAUGAGAGUGUAAGCACUAUGAACCAUCGAGACCGCCUAUUAAGAUUAGUCAAGAGCUUAUCUCCCAAAAUCGUCUCCCUAGUUGAACAAGAAAUGAACACCAAUACCGCCCCUUUCCUGCUAAGGUUCCGUGAAACUCUAGAUUACCACAAAGCAAUGUUUGAGUCGGUCGAUGUAGCUCGUCCGAGGGAUGACAAACUGCGGAUCAGCGCAGAGGAGCAUUGUAUUGCACGGGACGUUGUCAAUCUCAUAGCAUGUGAAGGGGCUGAUAGAGUGGAAAGACAGGAACCUUUUGGCAAGUGGAAGUCAAGACUUACGAUGGCUGGAUUUACACAAUGCCCGUUGAGUCCAUCAGUUGGAGAGGCCAUCAACGGCAUGUUGAAAGAAUAUAGCUCAAAUUAUAGCCUUGCCGAAAGCCAGGGGGUGCUUUAUCUCGGAUGGAAGACCAGAGCUUUAGCAACUUCUUCCGCUUGGCAAUGACCUCGUUCAUUGCCUUCGCGUUCUUGAUAUUAGCUUUUCGAGGAGUAGAAGCGUUCGUUCCUUUCAAACUUUUUUUCUUGUUAUACAGUUGGUGAGUCUCUGAAAACUUGAACUUGUACAUCCUAGCAUAGUAACUAGCAGAGAAAAUAGUUAAGCUCUAUAGUAAACACCAUCAACACCAUCUUAAUCAAACAUGAAAGUUGCAAAGAAAAUUUUGUAGUGAUUGUCAAAUGUUACCAAACUUAUCAGCUUACUUAACCAGAAUAUGAACCUUCUGCUGUAUUCUGUUGUGCCAACUUGUAAUAAUAGAUCUGUUUUGGGCAGGCAUCCUGUAAAGU